CUUGCUUAUCAAAAAUUUGCUAUAAAUUAGGAGUACUAAAGUAUUAAACUAUUAUUUGAACAUCAACAGCAAUAUAAAUAGCUAGUCAAUAAUUGCGAAAGUAUCAGUCUCACUCCAGCAGUCGAGAAAACAUUAGCACCAUGUUCACCAAAGUGUUGCUCGUCUGCGCCAUCGCGGCCGUGGCCCUCGCCAACGACUUCCCCCAUGGCAUCCACCCCGCCAUCUGCCCGAACUUCCCGCUCUGCGACGCCGAGGUACUCGCCCGCUACACGCUGGACGGCAUACCCAUUCCUGACUGGGAGCUGCCGCUUGUCCGUUCGGCGGCUGCAGCCAUGCCUACUGUUGAAGCCCCCCGGUACCCCGCCGAUUUCGACCCCGCCCUGUGCCCCAACUACCCGUACUGCUUCUAAAACUACUGUGACAACUUGCAUCUAAUUGUA